ACAUGAAAAAGGGCUUAAUAGUCCUUGCCUUCUUCCUCUUGCACGCCUCUGAUUUGGAAAGUAGAACGUCACCUCCCUUUGUCUGGAAAACAGGUCACUGGGGACGAUGUAUUGGUGACUGUGGUUCAGGUGGUGUUCAGAGCCGAGUAGUUUGGUGUGUACACUCAGAAGGCUGGACAACCCAUCAUUCAAACUGUGAACAAAGUGAUAGACCUGAAUGCCAGAGGAGCUGCUUUAAAAUAUGUGAUUGGCACCUUGAACUCUUUGAGUGGGAAGUUUCAGAAUGGAGCAUAUGCAUUCUAGUCCCUUUUGCCCACGGUGAAAUCAAACCAAGGACUUCAGAGUGUGUAACUGCACAGCAUGGAUUACAACACAGAACUGUGCAAUGUGUUCAAAAGUUGAAUAGAACAGUGGUUUCAAAGGAGAUUUGUGGAUAUUUUACUCCUCAGCCAUCUAUGGAACAAGCCUGUCUAAUACCUUGCCCGCGAGAUUGCGUCGUAUCCGAAUUUUCUGCCUGGUCUGAAUGUAGCAAACAUUGUGGAAAAAGUAUACAGCAUAGAACCCGUUUUAUUAUUGCUCCUCCACUCUACGGUGGAAGCAAAUGUCCAAAUCUCACUGAGUCCAGGAUCUGUGAGGUUUCCAUGUCCUGUCCUCAUGAGGAAGAGGAAUAUUCCUACAGUCUUAAAGUCGGACCUUGGAGUAAAUGCCGGUUGCCUCAUCUGAAAGAGCUUAACAUGGUUGGGAGAACUAUUCUGGAUUUCAGUUCCGAUUCAAUAGAGCGAAGCACUUUUAAGCUCGAAAUGGUUGAAAAUUUGCAACAUUCUCACAAAUUUAGGUCCCACUACAGCUCUAGGGCUUGGGAUAUAGAAAUUGGUUAUCAAACAAGGCAGGUGAGGUGCACAAGAAAUGAUGGGAAAAAUGCUAUAUUGAGCCUUUGUAUGCAAGAAGCCAUCCCUUUGACCUUUCGCUCCUGCAUUAUGCCUAAAGACUGUCAAACAUCAGGCUGGUCUUCCUGGAGCUCCUGUUCAAAGACUUGUUACUCAGGGGAUCUCUCACCAGGAUUCCGCAGCAGAAGAAGGAUUAUAAAGCACGAAGCUCUUGGAGCUGGCAGGGAAUGUCCUGAAACAGAAGAAAGAGAAGCCUGCAAUACUGAUGGUGGUGAAAAACAGCUUCAGCCUUGCCCAAGGUAUACUAUACCUUUGCAUUUCUCAUGUUUCACCAGAGUUGAUCUUCAGGUGCCUCUAGUGCAGUGA